AUCCAAAAUAUGGGAUAAAAUCGUGUACUGGUUUUUUGGAACACCAGAGAGAAGAUGACUAUCUCAUUUCUGAAAACAAUCAAUUGGAUCAAAAAUCUAUAACUACUGACAUUUGUAUUCACAAUAAUUCUAGAGCCGAAAAUUUAGUUGAAUAUUACUCUCACGAAAGUAUAGUCAUCAAAGAUGAAAUGAUCCAAGAUCAGGAAACGGAAGAAGUGACAGGUCAAUAUCGUAAUACAAACUCUAAGUCAAAAGUUCGUACCUUAGAUAGAAGAAAAGAAGAUAUCUUAGCUAUUCAGAAGACACUGCGGAGCCAAAAGAAGCAGCAAAUGCAGAAUUUAAAAUCAGAAAAGAUAUACCAAUGCAAAAAGUGUGCCCGAAGCUAUAAACAGAAAGCAGGCUUAUAUAAUCAUCAAAAAUAUGAAUGCUACGUCACGCCACAGUUCCCAUGUAAUUUGUGCGGCAAACUAUUUAAACGAAAAAGUACAAUGAAUAGGCACGUGAGUCAUAUACAUCUUAACCAAAAACACAAUACAUCUAAAACGAAGUAUAAUUGUAACAAAUGCAGUAUGGUUUACAAUUCUUCCAAAACUUUAAAUCGACAUAAACGUCAAAUACAUGCAGGAGUCAAACAAAAAUUUAUUUGCGAUUAUUGUGGCUACAAAGCAAAUAAAAAAUAUGACUUGGGAGUGCACAUUAUUAGUCGCCAUCUCAAGUAAUUUAAUACACGCAACAUGAAUCUUUAGGAUGUUUAUCAUACUCGUUGUUAUCUCUACGUAACUGAAAACAAAUUCAAAGGAAUCACAAUCUAAAACUACAUUGUUAAAAAUGUUUGGAUUUCUACAAUACUUAUACAAUACAAGCGUCAGAUGAAAUUGGAAACACCGUACUGGAAAGCCAAUUUCAGAAUUUGGAAACUAAAACAUCAUGUAUUGUAAGGUCACCUUAUGGUUUGUAAAUAAACUUCCAAUACAUAUAUUGGAAAUUUAUAACAUACAUUUUUUUUUGCAAAAAGAGUUCACCAAAAAUCAUAAAAAUGAGUUCUGUAACUUAAAUUAUUUCUGUGACUCACAUUUAUCAAUAAUGGCUUACGGAUUUAGUACUUGUAAUAAGUUUAAGUUGUUCACAUAAAAGGAAUACUUAUCUGGUAUAUGUAGAUACGCUCAUUCAACUUAAUAAUAAUUUCGUAUUUACUGCAUCAUGCUUUUAUGAUCCUCUACGUUCUUAAUUGUGUCGAUAUUGUAGAAUAUAGAUAGUACAUCUAGAAAUAAAAUUAUAGGUAAAUCCUGUCAAAUA